AUGAACGGCUAUUAUUUCCGCACACCUGUCUGGACUCGGUGCGGGCACGACCAAACACGUCUCUUUUGUCACAGGAGCUGCCUGGCGGCGGCCAGCCCCUAUAUCAGGACAAAGCUGAACUAUAACCCUCCAAAGGACGAUGGAUCAACUUACAAGAUUGAACUUGAAGGGAUAUCAGUCGAAAUAAUGAAAGAGAUACUAGAUUACAUCUUCAGUGGGCAGAUCAGGCUACAUGAAGAAACUAUCCAAGAUGUUGUGCAGGCAGCUGAUCUUCUGUUGCUUACAGAUCUUAAAACUCUCUGCUGUGAGUUUUUAGAAAGUUGUAUAGCUGCUGAGAACUGUAUUGGUAUUCGGGACUUUGCACUGCAUUAUUGUUUGCAUCAUGUUCACUACCUUGCCUCGGAGUAUCUGGAAACUCACUUCCGAGAUGUCAGCAGCACAGAGGAAUUCCUGGAACUGAGUCCUCAAAAACUGAAAGAAGUGCUUUCUCUGGAGAAGCUGAAUGUUGGAAAUGAAAGAUAUGUGUUUGAAGCGGUGCUUAGAUGGAUUUCCCAUGAUUCAGAAUUAAGAAAGGUUCACAUGAAGGAUGUUAUGUCCGCAGUAUGGGUUUCAGGAUUAGACGCAACCUAUUUGCGUGAGCAGAUGAUGAGCGAACCACUCGUUCGGGAGGUCGUCAAAGAAUGUAACAACAUUCCACUUACCCCCCCACAGCAGGGUGAGGCAUUGCUGGCUUCUUUCAAACCCAGAGGUUACUCUGAGUGUAUAGUUACCGUUGGUGGUGAAGAAAGAGNGUCACGGAAACCAACAUCAGUGAUGAGGUGCAUGUGCCCUCUUUAUGAUCCGAAUAGGCAGCUCUGGAUUGAACUUGCCCCUAUGAGCAUACCAAGAAUCAACCAUGGAGUACUUUCAGCAGAAGGAUUCUUGUUUGUGCUUGGAGGUCAAGAUGAAAAUAAGGAAACUUUAAGCACUGGAGAAAAAUACGAUCCAGACACCAAUUCGUGGAGUUCCCUGCCACCAAUGAAUGAGGCACGACAUAAUUUUGGUGUGGUAGAAAUUGACGGAAUUAUCUACAUUCUGGGAGGUGAGGAUGGAGAAAGGGAACUCAUCUCUAUGGAGAGUUAUGACAUUUAUAACAAGACAUGGAACAAGCAACCAGACUUGACCAUGGUUAGAAAGAUUGGCUGCUAUGCAGCUAUGAAGAAGAAAAUCUAUGCAAUGGGUGGAGGCUCCUAUGGAAAACUGUUUGAAUCUGUUGAGUGUUACGACCCUAGGACUCAGCAGUGGACAGCCAUCUGUCCCCUGAAAGAGAGAAGAUUUGGAGCAGUAGCUUGUGGAGUUGCGUCAGAACUGUAUGUGUUUGGUGGAGUCAGAAGUCGCGAUGAUAAUCAGGCCAGCGAGAUGGUGACCUGCAAAUCCGAAUUCUAUCAUGAUGAGUUUAAAAGGUGGAUUUAUCUAAACGAUCAGAACUUAUGCAUCCCCACCAGUUCUUCCUUUGUAUAUGGAGCUGUACCAAUUGGGGCCAGUAUUUAUGUGAUUGGAGAUCUUGAUACAGGUACAAAUUACGACUAUGUCAGAGAGUUUAAAAGGAGCACGGGAACUUGGCACCGCACAAAACCAUUAUUUCCAUCAGACCUUCGCCGCACUGGCUGCGCAGCCUUGCGGAUUGCAAACUGCAAGCUCUUCCCACUGCAGCUUCAGCAGGGGGUGUUCCCCAUCCGCGUUCCUUCUCCGUGACCAGCCUUGCACAAGGGGAGGAGACUGGAAGAGCCUGCCACGGUCCACCAUAACAUAGCUUUACAUAAGGAAAAAAACAAAGAUAUUGCAACUGAAACUUAUACUGUAAUCUGUGCUUUGGUAUGGUAACUGUUUUUGUUUUUUAAACGCUUCAAAGCUUGA